AUGCGUGAGAAGAAAAAUGACAUGCCCGAGAUCACUCGGAGCAUGAUGCGUUGCCGAUUUACGCCCGGGUUCGAAGAUAUCCUCGAUACAGGUGUGGACAACGGAUGGUAUGACCCAGGGAUUGUUCUCGAAUUUCUUAUAUUUCGUUGGGUUUUCAUCCCCUGGCUUCAAGCCGAGCUUGAAACGUACCAAAAACGCGUGAAUAUGACUGCCAAGCAUCGUGAUUGCAACAAAAUCCUGCCUCAUGGUGUUCCGCAGCACAUGUUGGAAUUCCCAGAGGAGUACGCAAUUUUGGACUUCAAGGUGAAAGUCAAUCAAGCUCACAUUGACACCGUACGAGAGCAGUACGCCCCACCAGCUCACGACAUCUUCCACCUUGUGCCGCCAGAUUUUGCUGAGCAACUCCUGCAAUGCUUCGAGGAGCUAGAUCAGCUCCCGGGCACCGCGGGUCCCAGUGUGGACCAGAUCUGGGGUUUUGCUCUUACGCAAGCUGCGGAUCAAUAUUGUGACGAGAUUCAACCCAUUGCCGGCCUGCGUCCACUUCGAGGAGGUGAAGACGUGAUUGGACAUGAUGGUGCAUACUACAUGGGUGGUGUAAAUGCUGGUGCUGGAUUCGGUUUGGAUCACUGUGCCGCUCUCGGACAGCUCAUUGACAAUGUUGAGCCGCAGAUCAAUGACAACGAGCCAGACACCGACGACGACGAGGAGAUUUUUGCUUGGUUCUCUGAUGAGGAACGUCCCGAUGCUGAGCCAGAUGAGUGGUAG